GAGCCGAAUUCAGCCCAAAACAGCACUAUUCGGGUUUCGGAUCGGGGUACCCCGAAUAGUGCUAUUUGCGUCUCCAUUCGGCUCCAGGCGCUAUCUGCUUUUGUUAUUUUCCCUGCCAAGCCUUCGCCCCCCCCUCUUCCUCUCAUGCCCAGCGACUGCCCCCCCAGCCCCAGAUGCCCAGCCACUGCCCCCCAUGCUCCCGGGUCCCUGUUGUGAGCUAAAAUGAAUCACCACCAGCGAAUGGCUGCCUUAGGGACGGACAAAGAGCUGAGUGAUUUACUGGAUUUCAGUGCGAUGUUUUCCCCUCCUGUGAGCAGUGGCAAGAAUGGACCAACUUCCCUGGCAAGUGGACAUUUUUCAGGAACAAAUGUAGAAGACAGAAGUAACUCAGGGUCCUGGGGGAACAGUGCACAUCCAAGUCCAUCUAGAAAGCUGUCAUGCAGUGUGCAAGCCAGCGUGCAUAGCCAUCCACCCCGGAGGUGGCUGCAUAGUUACGGGGAAGGAGGCCAUUUUGAACACAUGACCAGCAGGGAUCUGAGCUCGCACUCACAUGACAAUCUCUCGCCGCCGUUUGUCAACACAAGAAUACAAGGCAAAUCAGAUAGAAAUUCAUAUUCCUGUUAUGGGAGGGAUUCAGAGAUGCAGGGCUGCCAUCAGCAAAGCCUCCUUGGAGGGGACAUGGAAAUGGCAAACACAGGAGCACUUUCGCCUACGAAACCCGGAUCCCAAUACUAUCCGUACUCAAGCAAUAACCCCCGGAGGAGGCCUUUUCACGGCAGUUCAAUGGAAGUGCAAGCGAAGAAGGUCAGGAAGGUUCCACCUGGACUACCCUCUUCGGUUUAUGCCCCAUCAGCAAGCACUGCCGACUACAAUAGGGACUCGCCAGGUUAUCCAUCCUCAAAGCCAGCCGCCAGCACUUUUCCCAGUUCCUUCUUCAUGCAAGAUGGCCACCAUAGCAGUGACCCAUGGAGUUCAUCCAGUGGAAUGAACCAAGCUGGGUAUGGAGGGAUGCUUGGCAACUCUUCUCAUAUUCCACAGUCAAGCAGCUACUGUAACCUGCAUCCACAUGAACGACUGAGCUAUCCAUCACACUCCUCCACAGACAUCAAUUCCAGCCUUCCUCCAAUGUCUACAUUUCAUCGCAGUGGUACAAAUCAUUACAGUACCUCGUCCUGCACGCCACCGGCCAAUGGAACAGAAAGCAUCAUGACAAACAGAGGGAGCGCGGCAACCGGGAGCUCGCAGACCGGCGAUGCGCUGGGGAAAGCACUUGCCUCUAUUUAUUCUCCAGAUCACACCAACAACAGUUUCUCAUCAAACCCAUCAACUCCAGUUGGGUCUCCACCUUCUCUAUCAGCAAGCACAGCUGUUUGGUCAAGGAACGGAGGACAGACUUCCUCAUCUCCAAACUACGAGGGCCCAUUGCACACUCUAACACAGCAAAGUCGAAUUGAGGACAGAUUGGAAAGACUAGAUGAUGCAAUUCACGUCUUACGGAACCACGCAGUGGGGCCUUCAACAGCCAUGCCAGGAAGCCACAGCGAGUUACAUGGGCUAAUAGGUCCUUCUCACAAUGGGGCGAUGGGUGGCAUUGGAUCAGGAUAUGGAACGGGUCUCCUCUCGGCAAACAGGCAUUCCCUGAUGGUUGGAGCUCAUCGUGAAGAUGGUGUUAAUCUACGGGGCAGUCACUCCCUCGUGCCAAAUCAGGUGUCCGUCCCACAGUUACCUGUACAGUCGGCUACGUCACCCGAUUUGAACUCCGACCAAGACCCAUACCGGGGUAUCCCAACCGGUCUCCAAGCACAGGCCGUCUCUCCAGGCAGUUCCGAGAUCAAAUCCGAAGACGAAGGGGACGAAAACCUUCACGACUCGAAAUCUUCCGACGACAAGAAAUUAGAUGACGACAAGAAGGAUGUCAAAUCAAUUACAAGCAAUAAUGAUGAUGAAGACCUGACCCCAGAGCAGAAGGCAGAGAGAGAGAAGGAAAGGCGGAUGGCAAACAAUGCGCGAGAGCGCCUCCGCGUCCGUGAUAUUAAUGAGGCUUUCAAGGAGCUGGGCCGCAUGGUGCAACUUCACCUGAAGAGCGAUAAGCCCCAAACCAAGCUCUUAAUACUGCACCAGGCCGUGGCAGUCAUACUGAGCUUAGAGCAGCAAGUCCGCGGUAAUCCUACCCUCCUCUCUAUAUUGGACCUUCUAGUAUUAGAGAGAAAUCUGAACCCUAAAGCUGCCUGCCUAAAGCGAAGAGAAGAAGAAAAGGUUUCCUCCGACCCCUCGCCUCUGUCCCUGGCAGGCCCUCACCCUGGGAUGGGAGAUGCAGCAAAUCAUUUGGGGCAGAUGUAAAAAGGUCCAAGGUUUUUUUCAUUUUUUUUUUUUUUUUUUUGCGUUUCUUCGUUUAGACAAGAAGCCACUUCCUUAACAGCUGUAUUAUCUUAAACCCACACAAACACUUCUCCUGUAUCCCUUUUUUCUUUUUGUAAGAUAUGAGACAAGUCUGAGUAGUUAUAUGCACCGCAGACGCAAGAGGUUUCAGCAUUCCCGAUGCAAGAAAAAAAAAAAACGGAAAAAAAGUGCAACUUGAGAACUUUUCAGUGUUACCGUAUAGCGAAUGUUCCAAGCAUUGCGUCGCAGCCUCGUGACUGGCAAUCUUCUCCACACUGUGGAACCAUGCAUUUGUGCCUAAACUUCUUUUGGAAUAAAGAAAAAAAAAAUAUAUAA